AAUAGCUAAAGUUAGCAAAGGGAAUAAUAUUUUGGAAUUUUGUUAUCUUACCACAUCGAAUCCUUUUGUCAAAAGCAUUUAUACCCUUUUCUUUGAGCUCAACUUUUGGUUCAUUUCAACCCCAAAUAUCAAAAUUUUAAGCCACAAACCCCUUUUUCUAUGUUGGGUCAUUAAGCUCUUUUUUUCUGGAAAAACUUCUUUAGAGAGGAAGAAAACAAGGGGAAAAAGACAAUGGAGGUGGUUCAGAUGCAAAGAGGAUUGGUGGACUACACAAAAACCUUGUUUAUGGAGUGUUUCUUGGAUGCUCAGUUUUUACAGCUUCAACAGCUUCAAGAUGAGAGCAACCCUGAUUUUGUUUUUGAAGUUGUCUCUCUUUUCUUUGAUGAUUCUGAGAAACUUCUCAAUGAUCUCUCCAUGGCUUUAGAUCAGCCAAGUGUAGAUUUCAAAAAAGUUGAUGCUCAUGUUCAUCAAUUGAAGGGCAGUAGUUCCAGCAUUGGUGCACAGAGAGUGAAAGAUGCCUGCGUUACUUUUCGCAACUUCUGCGAGGAGCAGAACAUCGAAGCGACCCUGAGAUGCCUUCAACAAGUGAAACAUGAGUAUUACCUUGUGAAGAACAAGCUUGAAACUUUGCUCAGGCUAGAGCAACAAAUCGUGGCGGCCGGUGGGUCGAUUCCGAUGAUCGAAAUGGGUUUUUUGAAGACCAUUAACAUGAAAGGAAAGCAUGAUUCCGGGGUGGUUUAUACAGUAGAAACAUAUGGUGUUUUUUGUGAUUCCACUUCAAUUCGAUCAUUAUGAGGUUCCCUUUUUUAUUUAAACUUACCAAGUGAGAUUUGUGGUUGUUUGAUGUUUUAUGAAAGAAGAGAAUAUUUAUUACUAGUUUCUCAUCCCUUACCUUGGAAACUACCAUUCUGUUGAUAAUUUCCUCUUGAACUUUAUACUGUUUCUUCCAUUAAUGUGACUAUUAUCAGGUUUGU